AAUCCCAAAACUUCCGCAAUAGUGAAGCAACUGGUUGCUGAAGGAAGUGCAGGUGAGCUGCAGAAGUAUUUUGGCUCACGGAUGGAGUUUGGCACAGCAGGGCUCAGAGCUGCCAUGGGAGCCGGCAUUUCCCACAUGAAUGACCUGACAGUUAUCCAGACAACCCAGGGAUUUUGCAGAUACCUUGAAAAAAAUUUCAGUGACCUGAAAAAGAGAGGAGUUGUGAUUGGUUUUGAUGCUCGUGCCCAUCCUCCAAGUGGAGGUAGUAGCAAAAGGUUUGCAAGACUUGCUGCUAAUACUUUCAUCAGUCAGGGAGUUCCAGUUUACCUGUUCUCUGAUAUAACACCAACUCCUUUUGUGCCCUAUACAGUAACUCAUCUGAAGCUUUGUGCUGGAAUUAUGGUUACUGCUUCCCAUAACCCGAAGCAAGAUAAUGGUUACAAGGUUUACUGGGAAAAUGGUGCUCAGAUCAUUUCCCCUCACGACAAAGGAAUUUCUGAGGCCAUUGAGGAAAAUCAGGAGCCAUGGCCUCAAGCUUGGGAUGACAAACUUGUUGACAGCAGCGUGCUACUUCAUGAUCCGUAUGCCACCAUCAGUAAGGACUAUUUCAAAGACAUACAGAAACAUUGCUUUCACAGGUAACUGGUGCUAACUUGGG